UAAGAAUGUGAGGUCGAAAGCAAAAUAGUGAUGGCGGUUAUGUUUACGUUGAAGUUGAAUCAAGAACGCACUGGCACUUGUCUAAAAGUGAAAGUGGUCAAAGCAAUAGUCUACUUGAGUGAGUUCUGAUACAAGCCACCAUUUGUUAAAAACCGCUGAGCAGUGCUAGGAAAAAGAAGGGGGAAAAAUAGGCCGAUCGUUGCCAUACAAGCCGCUGAACUAGGUCAGGUCAGUUAACAGAGGCACAGAUGAUGAAAAACAACACGGGACUGCCCCACAAAUCUGUUCACGAAACAUCGAUUGGAAAGGGACACCUUCUGCUGCGCUACAGUUUACUGGAAGGUAAUUAGUGUAAAAAUAAAUUUAAUGUUACGUUAAUAUAACUUAAUUCAUUUAACUGAAAACACCAUACAGUCCGGGUGUGAAAUUACCAAUAUGAAUAACUUCACUUUACAUACAGAUUCACAAGACUAAUAACCUAUACAAUAAAUAGCCUAUAUAUAUAAAAUGAUUCUAUAACCAUAGCAUUAUAUAUAGGCCUAUUAUAUAUGUUUACAUUUUAUUAAUAGACUUCUUAAAAUUAUAAUGCAUGUUAGUAUUAGGCCUAUAGCCCUCUAUCUAUUAGUCCCUACACUCUUCCUCUGCAAGAAUAUUUAAUAAGAUUGAAAAGGUAAUGAUUUCAUAGUUUUUAAAAAUAUUUUUUAAUAAGGAAUACUUGAUUAUUAGGAUAAUGCAAUUGAGUGUUAAGCAAUUUUGGUAUGUUUCGUGAAUUAUUUUGUGUGCCAUAAGUCCAUACUUAUUAUUGUAUAGUAUGUCAAAUGCCAGAUUUCAAAUUAUUUCCCAUCUAUCUCCAAUUGUAAACUUCAACCCUGAAUCUUGUCAUUGGAGCCUGUAUUACCCUAGUCCAAGGCUUAAACUUAAAGCAGUUAAUAUAUAGGCUAAAGUUUUCAAUCAAAUUAACUUAGGAGGUCAGUUGCUUAUCUGAGGCGCCUCAAGGUCUCUGGUAAAAAUGACUCAGAUAUGUACUGAUGAGAAAAAAGAGAAGGCAGGUCUUGUUUUUUAUUUUGACUCAUUAAAACUCAUUCUUUUUUUUUUUUUUUGCAUGUUGCAAGACACACAAGCCUUUUCACCCAAAACAUUGUUUACUGUCUGAUAUGAGUCUUAAAUUAAUCACACACACAAAAAAAAUGGUCGGCAUCCUAUUGGUGUUGUAAAGAUGGUGGCAAAAUACAAGUACAGAAGCAACAGAAAAUCAAUCAUUAGCUCUCUUGAUUGGUGAUACUCUAAGCCCUAUUGAUCCUCCCUUUGACACUUUCAUGUAUAAUAAUAAGUGUCUAGCUUAGCCAUUUUGCUUUUUUCCUUGUGACACGGCUUGUUACUUUGUUACAUGUGGGGAUGAAAUUGCAUCAUGAUCCUCAUGUCAUACUCACAGUGUUUAGUAGUAUCACCAGUUUAUGACCAUCAAUGAUGGUCAUAAACUGGUGAUACUACUAAACACUGUGUGUAUGACAUGAGGAUAUGGUAAACUGUACCCCAGAACAUAGAGAGACGUAUAAAAUGGACCAAUAUUGGAUUUAUAUUUACACUUCAAACAUGGUAUUAAUUUUGAUAGGUCCGGACUUUUUAAUUUUUUUAUUAGUAUUUUUUAAAAAUUUGGGUCUUGUUAAUUAGUAAGUUAGGCCUAUACCUUCGAAUAGGAAAUAAUGUUGAAAGGGAUUAGACUUGCUGAUCGUCGAUCUACUCUAAAUGUUCCGUGCUAAAACAGAAAUAAGAAAAGCCAAAAGAUUAACAGCAAACAUAUAAACUUGCAUGCUAUUAGGAAAUGGAUUGUGUGACCUUUAACCUUUUCUUGUUUUCUGUAGCCCAUGUGAAACUGACUGAUGCUGAGGAUGGAAUUUAAUGUACCCACUUUUAAGAAGAUAGAAGCAGUAGGAUGGACAGUGGCUAUUUGUAUGCUCAUUCUUUUCUACGGCAAUCUACCUGGUAAUUAACCUUAUCUCUGCUGGUGUGAAAUAAACAUUUACUUGUGUAUAAAGACUACUUUUAUGUCUAUUCUAUAAACUAAGUCCACUGUUAACCAAAAAUUAGGUUAUAACUCAGCAAUUUAAGUUUAAGACAAUAGUAAACAUGGUUACACCUGUGUACAUUUAGUUCAAAAUUUACAGCGUAUAUUUUUUGUGGAAGGGAAGUAUUUAAAACUUGCCACGAAUUUAAUAGUAGACCUUAUAGCUUCUUACCUUUCACCUUUUCGAUGUGUUCCCACUCCUGCCACUUCUUAAAAUCUCUUGUCCCUUGCAAAUUUUGCCAUUUACUUUGGGUCUAAUUCAUUUAUAUUAAAAGUAAGUUAACCAACUUAUGAAUAAUUCUUAAUAAAUUCUUGCUAUCUUGAGGAAUAAUGUCUUAUCAUUAAAAUAUUCUAUUUGUGUGUAAGCCAAUCAAUGGACCUAUAAAUAAAAAAACAACUUACUAGCACAACCAAGAAGACUUCAUAAUUGUGCAAGAUUACUUCAUUUCAUUUUUCAUGUCUAGUGCCUUACAGGCCAGGGAAUCAACUUGCCUGAUGCCAAAAAAAUUAUGCAAUAUGUUUAAAUUUUAGUUAUUUCUUCUUUAAAAAAUAUUUAAAGACAUUUAGUCAUCUCCUACAUGGCAACCAGCAUUUUUAGACCCAGUUCCCCACUUAACAAGUCAGUGAGGUUUUUCUAAACUCUUUCCAGCAGUUUAAGAAGCCUUCUUAGUAGGCUGUUAAAAUAUAUCACAUAACACGAAACAAAUCUUUUUCUAAACCUGGACAUAACAAGUAGUUAAAAUAUUUGGCAUUUUGAGCAUCCUGAAAGAAGAUAAUUAGAUGUAGGCUAUAUAUGGACAAGUUUUUAUGCUCUAUACAAAUAGCAGUAAUGUUGAUAAUCCAUUUUUUUCAGUGUUCAUUGGCAUUUGUGUUAUUGUGAGAAAGCUUUACAUGAAGUUCAAGCGAAGCAAGUUGCCAGCCAUUGAUGCCAAAGACAAGGUGGUUUUUGUUACUGGAUGUGAUUCAGGUCAGCUCACUAGCAGUUUUACCUUUUUUUUUUCCCUUUAGUAGGCCUACUUUGUUUCAGAUUUAUUUAAAAAAAUUUCCUCCAUUUUAUUAAUGAUAUCUUUUAUCUCUUGUCAUCUUUGAUCAAGCUAAUUUUAAUACCAGUAUUGCUAUAAAAUAUGCUCAUAAUAUAGAUUUCUUCUUCUUUUGUAAUUGAUAAAAUGAUCACAAAUUUGUUGUAAAGCCUCAACUUAUUGACUCUAAGACAUUCUGGUUUCGAUUGCAUCUAAAUUUAAAUUAUUUUAAAAACUCCUUUGUACAGCCAGCUUUGUAAAUCUGUACCAUAUGACUUAGUUCGCUUGAUGUUGCAGGGGCCUAAAAAGGGGACCUUAGGGGUCAUCUGCCUAGAGGGAUGGUAAUUUUAUAUGAAGGGGCAGCAUUUUUGGUCAACUGCACAUUGGCCUGCCCAGGGUGGGACUAACCCCUGCUACACCACUAAGGUGAUGGAAUAACAUGGAUAAGUUUACAGUUAAAUCUAUUAAUGUGUUCAAAGUAGAAAAAAAACAACUAAAUGUGCCUUAAAAUUUAUGUGCCAGGUAACACUGAGGUUCCUCAUCAUAUCAGAGAUCACAUAUUAAUUUUAUGAAAUAAUUUGUUUGGUCACAUCAGGUUUUGGCCUAGCUCUGGCAAAGCGCCUUCAUGACAAAGGAUUCACAGUGUUUGCUGGGUGCCUAAAUCCAGAUGGAGAUGGGGGCAAAGAGCUUAAAGCUCUCAAUUCAGAGAAGCUUAGAGUGAUUCCCCUGGAUGUCACCAAUGAUGACAGUGUGUCAAGAUGUCUAAAGGUGGUCAAGGAAAAAUGUUCAAACACAGGUUUGUUUUAAUCUUUUCAUUCUUGACCUAGGUACCAGAGUUAGCUUAACAUAUAAGACGGAGUUAAAGUAUUAGAAGUAAAUGUUAUUUUAUCAUAAAAUAAAAUAAAUUAUUUAAAAUUUUAUUAAAUGCUUAGCUAUUCAAGUUCGCUCAGUAGAAUAUAGUACUCUCAGUUUUUAUCUUAUUUAGUGCAUUUUACUUUUUAUUACAGCUGUUAAAAAAAAAACAUGUUAAUUUUUUUCCCCAUGCAUCGUCAUUCGUCAACCCCUGGCAUUUGAUACUAAAAUAUUUAUAAAUUUUAAAUUUAUAUAAUUUAAAAAAAAAUAGGUUUAUGGGGUCUGGUCAACAAUGCAGGCCUUAAUUUUGUUGGAGAUGUAGAGCUGACCACAAUGGAUCAGUAUUUGACCAUUGGCAAUAUCAACAUGUACGGGAUGGUCAGAACCUGCAAAGCAUUUCUGCCGCUGCUACGACAAGCUAAAGGUAGAAAUAUUUCAAUUUUUUUGUUUAAAUUAAUCAUUUCUUUCACAACAACAAGAGUUGAGUAUUAUUCCAUUCAUAAUUUAUCAAUAUUAGCCUUCUAGACUAAAAUGCACUCCACAAGUUAGCCCCUAACUUCUUCAGUUAGUGCUUCAGAAUUACUUUAUGUACAAACAAGAUAUUUUAGAUCAGCUAUGGGUUUUUAAAGAACCGUGAGAUGAAAACCUUCUUUAACUGGUUAACUACCAUGGUUUCUUUCGUUAUGGCCACGAGCCGCUGGUAGCGCCAAUGUUAUUAUCGUAGUAAAUCGAGUCAAAUAUUUAAUUUAUAUUAUUCCGUCCCCGUUUCGCUUCGAGAUUUUAAUUUACCGACUGGAUGUUUAUAUUCGAAAUGCAUGCUAUCUGCAGAAUGUUUUUAAAAAAGAACUGUUAAUUAGUUUUUUAUUUUAUUUCCUAGCUAGUUACAAAAUUGUACUAUUUGUUUACCGCGGCAAAAAGUGACAGGGUUACUAAAGCCAUAUAAGUGAUUGGAAGUGUAAAUAUUAUUCAAUUUCUGUGCUCUUUGGUGCAUUUUUCUUAUUAUUGGAUAUACUAUUUGAAAAAAAACAAAUAAAAGGCUUUAAAUGAUUUGGAAAUUUAAAAUUUAUAUGUAAGUGGGAAAAUCAAUAUAUUUUUAUUGUUUGCCUGUUGAAAAUACUAGUUUAACAAUUAAUAAUUUCCUAACGAAACUUAACUUUACAAAUGUUUUUAGUUUAUAUUAUAGAAAAUUCAAUUACCUACAAACUGGUUUAUUAAUCAUUAGAAUAUUUGUAUAAUUAAGAAAACUGCAGCUGAAAAUGUACAUGCAUCCAAAAUUAAAAAACAUAAAUGCUAUUCGGAUGUCAUUUGUGGUAGUUUAUUUUACUUAAACUUAAGAAGUAAGUUUACAAACAUAUAGUUCAUUCAAUUAUCUUUCAUUUGAUAACAAAUUUUGUCUUACAAACUCUACAAUAAUUUUUAAAUAUUUUUUAAUAAACCCAAACUCUCACUUCUCGGACCUGGGUCCGAAUAGCCGAGGCCUAAUUUUUUUUUCUAACUGUGAGUGAUCAUCUUCAUCGUCAACAAUGGCACUACAGCUCCAACACAUCCUUCCAUUCAGACAGAGGCGUAGCGAGGAUGUUUGGCGCCCAGGGACAAGAUUCGCGCCUGGGGACAAAAUCCAUUUUAAAGCGCCCCUUUUUCUUUUUUUCAACUCUCAAACCCAAUAUUUUCAUCAAUGAAAUAAUAUCAAAGCAAAUUUUGGCGCCCCUAACUAGCUGGCACCUGGGGAUAUCUGUCCCCCCCCCCUGCCCCCCCCUCGCUACGCCUCUGCAUUCAGACAGAUCCAUGGCCUUUUGUCUUAAUGCAUACACCACCAGCUGAUGUAAAUCCAUAUCCACAUCAUCUAUCCAUCUUAAUCUUGGUUGACUGGUGAGCCGUCUGUCCCUUCGAUUUUGUUUGUAAACCACUCAAGGUGUCCUUUCCAGUACAGCCUGCCUUUUUUCUGAUUUGUUAGAAUUCUCUAUCAAGGAUUGUUUCGUACAAGCCCCACCUAUAAGUUAAAUAAGCUACAGCUUAGAGCCUCACGAUAUUCCGGCUAUAUAUACAGUGUACAUUUUCUUUGACCAGCUGAUGUAAUUUAAAAUGGUAGGGGGCCUCUGGAAUUUAUAUAGCUUAGGACCUCAGUGUUACGUAAUUGUUAUUACUAGGGGUAUGAUUUAAUAUAUUAUUUAACUAUUCUAUGCUGACUAUCAGCACCCUCACAUCCAAUGACACUCUCACUCACACAUUUCUAUUAACUCUGUUACUAUAAGACUAUAUGAACACAGGUGGGUCAGCCCACGAGUAAUAAAUAUUUAAUUACAAGUAAAAAAAAAAAGAACUAAAUGCAUCAAUGAUUUUACAUAUAAUAUAAACAACAACUAUGCAUACAGUAUACUACUGAUUGCUAUAUACUCUGGUUGUUUAGUGCUGAUGCUGGACGUAUCUUGUACUUGUCCCCAGGUAAGGCCCAAAUCACACACAGCACCAAAUCACACACACAGCAGCAAUAAUCUGUUUGCCCUCUCUAUUGUGCACGGUCACUGCGAUACUUCUGACAUAAGAGGGUCUAGCCUUCUAACACUCGUAACGUCGUGUGUUGCUGGCGGAGUCCAGGGUUAUCUCCCAUAAGCCCAAACUACUCUUGACUUUCUUAUUAAAGAUGUCAGCGUUAGUAUAGCCACUAACCGACUGACUCCAACUGAAGUGCACUGACAGCUGGACUAUACUAGCCUGCACUAGGCUAGACUAGACUCCACUGUACUUGUCUAUACUAGCUAGAAAUUAGAUUAAGGAAUGCAAUACAUAAGACAUAACUAAACAUUCAAAUCACAUCAUUAAUCAUUAGCUAACUACAAUACAACAUUUCUUAAUCAAAACUACAAACACAUGAAAAUUAACAAUACAUAGCUAGCCAAUUCUGAAUUAACAAAAUUUCAGCACAAUAAUAUAGCUAGUCAGGCUCUGCUGCACAAAUUACAAGUAAAACGGCGAGAACUAAUGGGGGCCUGCCUUAUAAAGUAUCAGGUAGCGUCAUGCUCUGCAUUAUAUUAUAGGUAGCGUGGGACGUUUGACGAGAUGAGGGCAUUGUUUCAGUUGCUUCAAGGUUACCAGGUUAAUUUCCAUUCAUUGUUAGGGCCAGCCUAAUUGUGCAAUCUCACAUGAGGUAGGGAUGAAGAGAGUGUGAGCCAAGGGGUCUAAAAUGGUGAGGACCAGUGGGUCUCAACACUCAGCUAGUGUAAGUUCAUCCCUGACAAGCCCAUAUAUUUUUCUGAGGAUUUUUGUCUCCCAGGUAUUGAGCUGGUUUUGGGCUUUCUUGGUGAAUUCUGUGAUCAUAAUUUCAAUUAUUUAUAUUUGGCUAGGUCGUGUUGUAAAUGUUACCAGUUGCAAGGGCCUUGUUGCCACUCCUAGCAAUGCUGCUUACACUAUGGCCAAGUUUGGAGCCGAGGCAUUCUCAGAGACCCUGCGUCUAGAGAUGAGUCAGUUUGGGGUCAAGGUCUCCAUAAUUGAACCAUGCAACUUUGGUGGAGCCACAGGAUGUAUGAAUGAAGCAGGAGUAAGCUUGAGUAGUAAAAAUAAAAGUUUAAAUAGCUUUCUUGAAAAAUGAAACAAUUAUAUUAACAUAGUGUAAUUGAACUAAUUUUCAAAGACGAUUUUAUCUUUUUUUUUUAUAUUGGUUUCUGCUAACUAGAAAAAAUAUCUCUGUCUUGAUAAGGAGAAAUAUAAAUGUCUGAAACAAUUAUAUAUUUACAAUUUAAGGUUAAAAGAACCAGUAAUGAUUUCGAAGUUCAGUGGGCAGAAGCAAGUGCUGAUACAAAACAGUUUUAUGGUGAGGCUCAUUUGACAGUAAGUUAUCAUUCAACAAACUAUUUAAAUUUUUAGUCAUUUGUAUAGGAGGUAAAAAAAAAUAAAAAAUUUUGAUACAUGCAUUGAUACUUGAGUGGAUAAACUUGCAGACAACCUCAUCUCCCUUGGUGUACAUUAUCCUAAACACCUCACAUGGUGUACAUUAUCCAAAACCACAAACGUUCUUAUCUACUCAAGAACUUAACAAUUUCAACACAUGCACACACAUUUUGCGCAAUUUUUUUUUUACUUAAGAGAAGUUAUAUUUGUAAGAACAAAUUGUUUUUGUCUUCAGAAUUUCUAGUGAACCAAAUUACUUUCAUUUUUAUGGCAUCCAAAAUAAAUAGAUCAAAUUAUAAUGAACAUUUAAAACACAUUUCAAUUUUAAAAAUAACAACUAUAUUGAAAAGAAUAAUAAAUUAUGGAAAAUGAAACACACUGAGAUAUUUAAAAAAAAACAAUUUAUAAAAAUUAUGUGAUAAUUGUUUAGGGUCUCAAAAAAAAACAAAAAAAUGUACACUUCAUAAAACUUGCUUGUUUUUGUCUACAUUAGUCAGGACCCCUACACUUACCAUAGAAAUCUAUAUUUAAAACCUUCUAAAACCAAUCAGCUUUAAAAGCCUAUUGAAUAUAAUGAUUACCCAUAAUGCAUUUUAGUUUUUUCCAUGAGACAACUAAUUAAUAUAUUUUGUAUGGCAUUUAUAGACCCUGGUGGAUUAGGAGUGGGGUUUGAUCUGCCCACCCAACAAACUGUUAGACCACUAUUUAAAUCAAUAUUUCAUUAAUUCCUUAGAAAUUGAAAUGAAUUUUAAAAAAUAAUAAAUAAAAUAAAAAAGACUUAAAAUUUUGGAAGGGCUGAGUCAAACAUUAAAGCACUUCCUUAUUUAGAAUUUUGUUUAGAUUAAGAACUAAAGAUUAUCAAUGUUAAUUAUAUAAUAAUAAAUUAAUUUUAAAUAAAUUCACUCCACUGUAUUACUAUGGUAACUUAUUUUCAUUGGCUAUAUUAUUAUCCCUUUACUUGACGCUUCAGAAUUAAUUUAAUUAAUAAAAAAGUUGAUACCACUUUCAUUUUGUUGCUCAGAACACAGAUUCGUUACUUUAUUACUUCCCCAGCAAUUACUUGAAAUCAACCGAAAUGGUUCAAAGUUUUCAGCAACAAACCUCGAUCCAGUUCUCAAUGCAUUUGAGGAUGCUUUAUUAAAUCCAUGUCCCCAUGUGCGAUAUUUGAUUGCUGGGUCCAGUUCCUUUUUUGAUUUCUUCUAUGUAAGUAGUUUAAGAACUUAUACAGCUUUACUUUAUUAGGUGAUAAAGUAACAAUGAAUUCAUAAUAUUUUCCUGUUCAAUUUUGUUUGAUAGACCACUAGUAUUUUAAAAAUGACUCCUGUAUGAUUUUACUUUUCAAGGGGUUUAUUAAAAAAAGUGAAAAUUUUGAUGCAAAACGAGAAAUAAAGAUGUAUGGUUCAUUCAGAGCACUUGGCUAGAAAUAAAUUACAUGGAAGUUGUGACUGUUUGUAAUCAACAGUUAUCCGUUGUAAUUUAAGUUUUAAUCAUUUUAUCAGUGUUGAACUAAAAAAUUGCUUAGUUUUUAUUUUUUCAUUAUUGAUAUACAAGUUCACGACUCUCCAUCCUAUGUUAUAAUUAUGACCAAUGAUUUACUUUUGAUUGCAAUAAUUUCUUUUUUUUUCUUUCUUCUGAAGGUCCUGUCUCUCCUCAGACCGUAUCUGCCAGAACAUCUGUUUGAUAAAGCCAGGGCUUAUUUUUUGCCAUAUAUCGUAUACAAAUAAUGUAAAUUGGCUUCAGUCCAUCAGCGCCUUCUGAGUGAAAAGGAAUAAUUCCAGAAAUAAAACAAUUUCAAGACUUUAUUUUCUUUCAAAAUAUAAUGAAAAAUAUUUUAAAUUAAAAAAAUCAAUUGUAAUUGAGAUUUAUUAUUGUUAGCUUUACCUCUGGAAUACCUUUCCUAAAUAAAAUAGACAUUUGAUGACAUCAUGAUCUUCUUUUUCGCUCACAGGGAAUAAAAUUAUCCUUUAAUCACAUAUUUUUUUUUGUGUGCCAUAUUAUACCGCAUUAUUCAUAUCACCAUUUCACUGUUAGUGAAGUUAAUUUUGCUGUCAUACUAAAAGCCAUAAUUGUUCCUGCAUAGUUAAUUGGCUUUUAUGUUUAUCAUAUCCUGCUGUUGAAAUGAAGAAUAUGUAAUAUCAUGCCAUUAUGAAGUUGAAUUUGUAAUUGUCAUUUGCUACUAUACCUGUAUUUGAAAUAAAGUCCCUGUCUAUUUUUUGUUAAUGACAGCUGAAUGUUGUUUUUGUAAAUUUAAGUAGUUUAAAAAAUAGAAUAAAACAGAAUUUUACUUCUAGAAAUUAAUUCAAUUUACAGCCAAGAUAGAUCUUAAAAUACUUACAUUUUCUGCUUGAUAUAUUUUUAUCAAAUGAGGAGGCAUACAAUUUCAAUUUUUUUAAUAUAGUAUUUUUAGUUUUGCAGUUAAUUAUGACUGCUUUGUUUUUGUCAUAAGAAUUACAAAAGGUUCGAAAUUUUAAAGUUUAAAGUGUUUUUUUAAAAAGGCAAGGACUUUUGAAUUGCUCAAAUCCAUUUGCUUAAAAUCGCCGUGUCUUCCUGUCGUCCCUGGGUCAUGUUAACAUUAUUAUUAUAUGCAUUACUUGUUGCAUUUACUGUUGCCAUCCUUAGACCAAUAAUAUUAUUGUUAGUUCCAUUAGUACAGGUGCUUUAUCUCGGUGUCAUGUGUUAAAAAAAGCAAUAUUUAUUUAUUCAGCUAUUAUCUCUAUAACAAUUUUAGCAUCAUUUAUUUAGAGUUGUCAAAUUAAAUUAAAUUACAUGGUUUAUAGAAUAUUAUUGAAUGUAUGAUAAGUCUUUAGUAUGUUAAACUAACUGCAGAAACCUAUUUUAUCUGAAGUGUAAGUACUGUAGUAUGAUAAUGCUUUAAUUAGUUCUUCAGAUAGUCUUUAGGAAUGUGAAACAUUUGUUUGAAACUUCUCACAUAAUUCUCAAUGAGCUAUAAAUUGCUAAAUUAUUGUGAUAUUUUAACACUAUGCAUACCUAAGUUAUAUUUUAUAUGUUGGAAUGGAUAUAGAAUAAAUUUGCCAUGCAAAAAAACCUUUUAAUUGAUAGGUCAUUUGUUCAUAUUUUAAAAAAGAUUAAUCUCUAAGAAGAGGAAUUUCGAGGGUUUGGCAAGAGUGGCAAGACACUGCACUUGCAAGUAGGCUCCAUUUGAAGGGGGGCUAUGAAAUCUGCAACCAUGGCAAAGAAUUAUUUACUUUAAAAAUAUUUGUGUUUGCUCAUGGGUUCGUCUACCUGUAUUAAGUAAGCUAAAAUGCAGCGCACUAGUCAGCUUAAUGUAGUGUCAUUUUAUACUAUAAAAUAAAACAGGAUGCUGGUUGAACGAAAAGAGGCAGCUGUCAGUUAUUCGAUUACUGAUCAUUGCACUGGCAAUGCUGUAUUAUGUUGACAUAGGGACUGGUAUAUUUGUUUUCAUAAUUUUCUUUAAACUUUCAAAGCGCCCAAUACAUUUUUUUUUAUCAUCCAACUCAAAGCUGAGAACCAGAGAAAAUUCAAAAACUUUAUUCUUGUGAUUCAAAUUUUGAAUCUGAAAACCAGUUGGAGUGGGAAAGCAGUAGAAGUAAAGGUCUAUUUAUAUUGUAUCUUUAAGGAAUACGUUAAGCUCUUUUAUUGAUCCAAAUAAAUGGAUUUUUUUGUUUUGAUUACACUAUAUAUUAAUUUUCAGCAAAUAAAUAAAUACAUAUUUUAACCAAGACAGCUUCUUACAAUUAGAACAAUUUAAACCCAAGACAUCUUAAAUAUUUCUCUAACAUAGACUUCAGCCAUUAUCGAAAGCCUUUACUUUAAUACUCCUUUAAUAAGAAUAUGGACUUAAUAGGAACAUGAUCCAGGAUUUAAAUUAUCUGAAUCUGAGGUAAGAUGAUGCAGCAUAAAUUUACAAAAAAUUCAGUAACUUGAAAAGUUUAUAUUUAAUUUUUAACUACUAAACUUUCUUCAUUUAAAUGACUAAAUAAUUAACUUUGGAGGAUGUAUAAAAUUGAAGAAAAAAAAAGGAUAAAAUAUAAAUAGUGUCUAAAUUAUAAUUUCGUUUAAAAUGUGUGCGUGUGAGGCGUGUGAUGUUUGUAGGGAUCGGGUAAAAAUCGAACAAAUUUGUGAUGGUUUGUGUUCAGUCCAG